UAUAUCCUAUAUGCUGUGGCCUACUAUGGACAUUUUCUCCAGGAUAUUCCACGACGAUUGGGCAACAGCACCGUCCUAGAUUCAGCCGUGAGAGCUUUAUCAACCGCUUACCCAUUUCUUCACACGGGCAUUUACCCACCAAAUGUACUCGUCCGAUAUGGAAAAUCGCUGCGGGACCUGAGAGAAUGCUUGAACAAUCCAGUCGAGGCCCGCACUCCUAACACACUGUGUGCUGUUUAUUUGACUACCAUCUGCCAGCCCGAUCUGAUCGAGCUUUUCAACCCCCCAAACGCGAAUUCCAUAAAACAGGAGUUGAUCAGCUGGCUAGGAAAACAUGAUAAUUCGCUGACUAAUCACAGUGAAGCUAUAGCCCAUAUCCUCAGGGCUGCUGCAUUGAAUGAGUGGAAAGGCACCUCUGAAAUGGCGAUGGUCACCACGCUUUGUGUUCCUAUAGGCAUUUUCGACCGCCGAAUCAAGAUGGAUUCGGAAUUUUGGGAACUGAUCUCAUCCUUCAAACCUGGUUUAUCUGCCUUGCGGGCCAACAAUCAGCUGCAAUCAACCAUUGAGCUACAACAUCUCGCUAUGUUUCCUCAAUUUGUCAAAAGUCCUGAGCUGCAACAUGCCAAAAUUGCAAAGACAUACAUACAGCUGAGACUUGAUGGCCAGCAAAUAAGGCCACAUCUUGAUAAAUGUCCAGAGACCAUUCUUGUGCUCAUCUCAUCCUCCGAAGCUGUGAGACAUUCUCCUCAUGCCAUUCUCUCGACGCUGGCUGUGCUGAUGAACAGUCUCCUUCAAAAUUUUGAUACCUGGAACGCUUCCUUAGUGGGUGAAGCUGUACUCCUCUUUGAUGAUAUUACAAUCCAAGCUGAGCUGGCAUCUCUUGUUGCUUGGGCAACAUCAGAUAAUCUGGUCCAGUUGGCUAGAAUAGAGGCAGUUCUUUCUGAAUACCAGUCUGAUUUUGCGGAUGUGCCAUGGAUGAGCCGUGCUACCUGGCUAGUCUCUACCCUGGAUAGCCACCGCAUCCGAGUCAGGGCUUGGAAAGAACAUCCACAAUUCCCUUAG